AUGAUGGUGAAAUUUCUCCUGCUGGCAUUAGCAUUUGGACUGGCUCAUGCUAAGCUUGAAGGAACAUGGAAAACCAUUGCCAUUGCUGCUAAUAAUAUAGACAAGAUAGAGGAUGGUGGUCCUCUGGAAAUCUUUGUUCGUGAAAUUGUUUGUCAGAAGGAAUGCAAAGAAUUGCUUGUCAAAUUUUAUGUCAAGCAAAAUGGACAUUGCUCAUUGACCACAGUCACUGGGUAUCUGCAAGAAGAUGGUCGUACUUAUAUAACCCUGUAUGAAGGUGAAAAUCAGUAUGUACUUGUGAAGGCAACAUCAGAGUUCUUACUGUUUUAUAGUGAGAAUGUGGACAGAGCCAGCCGGAGAACAAAAUUGCUUUUCCUUGCUGGAAAAGGUAACCCUCUAACUAGUGAAGAAAGGGAAAAACUUGCUGAGUAUGCUAAGGAAAAAGACAUUCCACCUGAAAACAUUCGAGAAGUUCUGGCAGAAGAUACCUGUCCAGAGUAAAGCACCAUCUACAGAUAAUGGGAUAAGAAUUAUGCAUCAUAACCUCCUGACCGUGGAAUCAGUAUCUAUAAUUCACCUUUUCUAUCAGAAUAAAUUUUCCCUGUAAGGAUAUAUAUGCUGUAAGGAUACAGCAUACCAAAUUCUUGACUUGCCUUUAUUUCACCCUUUCAUGAUCUAUAAGUUGUUCUUCCUUUUCUGAAUGGUUGAAUAAAAUGAU